UCAGUGUGCAACCCCCCCGAUUUAAAACCCUAACGAAGAAGAGAAAGGCAAAGGAAGAAUACCUAGAACCAUGGAUAGAGAAUGGGGCUCCAAACCCGGUUCUGGAGGUGCCGCCUCCGCCCAAACGGAAGCCAUGGACCGCCGUGAGCGGCUCCGUCGACUCGCUCUUGAAACCAUCGAUCUCGCCAAAGAUCCCUAUUUCAUGCGCAAUCACCUAGGAAGUUACGAGUGUAAGCUUUGUUUGACGCUACACAACAAUGAAGGGAACUACUUGGCACAUACGCAAGGAAAACGGCACCAGACCAAUUUAGCUAAGAGAGCGGCGCGUGAGGCUAAGGACGCUCCGGCUCAGCCUCAACCUCACAAGCGUAAAGUUUCUGUUCGUAAAACAGUCAAAAUUGGUAGGCCGGGGUAUCGUGUGACAAAGCAAUAUGAUCCGGAGACAAAGCAGAGAUCUCUUCUCUUCCAGAUUGAAUAUCCUGAAAUAGAAGACAAUGCAAAGCCAAGGCACCGUGUUAUGUCGUCCUAUGAGCAGAGAGUGCAACCAUUUGAUAGGAGAUAUCAGUAUCUCCUGUUUGCUGCAGAACCGUAUGAGAUCAUAGCUUUCAAGGUCCCUAGCACUGAGAUCGAUAAAUCCACUCCUAAGUUCUUCUCACAUUGGGAUCCCGACUCAAAGAUGUUCACGUUGCAAGUAUACUUUAAAACCAAGCCAUUAGAGGUGAAUAAACCUCCACCUCCUCCUGCAGCCAACGAUACUACAGCUCCAGGUGCUCCACAGAGGCCUUUGCCGCCACCACCUCAUGCUUCAGCACCACCACCUCCUCCACCUCAAGGGCUGCCGAACCCUCCUAGAGGCCCUCCACCUCCUGGCUCAUUACCGCCACCACCUCCUUCCAUGGGAAAUGGUCCUAGGCCUAUGCCUCCUGGUGGCAAUCCUAUGGCCCCACCACCACCUCCAGGGGGUAGCGGGACUAUGGGAAAUUUCACUCCUAGACCUCUACCCAACCCUGCACAAGGUUUUCCUGGUCAUCAGAUGCAGGGACAGGGUAUGCACCCUCCACCUAAUAUGGGACAGUAGUUCACCUGGCGUCCAGUGUCCUCAUAUGUCAUAUUUGAAUCAUUUUUGGUCAGAUCAAACCUUGGAAUUUUAUUACCCGAGCAAAAAAAGUCUUAAAAUGUAUGUAUGGUAUGUUUUGUGCUACUUGGAUUUUGCAUGUUA